AUGACAACGCCACUCACGGCAAUGAUGAUGAUGAAGACAAAAACGAUGCUGGUGACCCUGCGUGGCUCCAUCCUGGAGGACGCCGUUCCCAGCACGUCCAAGGCUGGCUCCCUCCGCGGGAUCCCCCUGCGGGAGAUCCUGGAAUUCGUCGUUCCCGAGCUCAACACGCACUGCCUGCGGCUGCUCAACACGCACUGCUUGCGGCUGGCGCUGGCCACGCCCAAGGUCACCGAGCAGCUGCUCAAGCUGGAUGAGCAGGGGCUGUGCCGGCGGCACAAGGUGGGGAUCCUGUACUGCAAGGCCGGGCAGAGCUCGGAGGAGGAGAUGUACAACAACGAGGCGGCCGGGCCCGCGCUCGACGAGUUCCUCACGCUGCUGGGGGAGAAGGUUUCCCUCAAAUCCUUCACCAAGUACGCGGCGCAGCUCGACACCAAGACCGAUUCCACGGGAACGCACUCGCUCUACACCACGUACCAGGACUACGAGAUCAUGUUCCACGUGUCCACCAUGCUGCCCUACACCCCCAACAACCGCCAGCAGCUGCUCCGGAAGCGCCACAUCGGCAAUGACAUCGUCACCAUCAUCUUCCAAGAGCCCGGCGCGCUGCCGUUCACGCCGCAGAACAUCCGCAGCCACUUCCAGCACGUCUUCAUCAUCGUCCGCGCCCACCAGCCCUGCUCCGACAACGUCUCCUACAGCGUCGCCGUCACCCGCUCCAAGGACGUGCCCCCCUUCGGCCCCCCGGUGCCGCCGGCCGGCGUCACCUUCCGCCGCUCCGACCUCUUCCGCGCCUUCCUCCUGGCCAAGGCCAUCAACGCCGAGAACGCCGCCCACAAAUCCCACAAGUUCCGCGCCAUGGCCACGCGCACGCGCCAGGAGUACCUGCGGGACCUGGCGGAGAACUACGUCACCAACACGCCCCUGGACACCGCCGGGAAGUUCAACCUCAUCUCCUUGGCUUCCAAAAAAAAGGAGAAAUCCAAAGCGCGGCCGCUGGCGGAGCUGGAGAGCGCCGGCGCCGUCUCCUGGCGCGUGUCGGCGCUGGAUUUCGGCAGGGGCGGCGCCGAGAUCCCGUGCGUUCUGGGGAUCUCCAAGGAGUUUGUGGUGCUGGUGGAUUUGGCGGCCAAGGAGGUGGUUUUUAAUUGUUUCACCGGGGAUGUGAUCGGGUGGAGCGCGGAGGGGGCGGCGCUGAGGAUUUACCACGGGCGCGGGGAUUUGGUGAGCGUCAGGGCGGGGGCGGCGCCGGGGGCGCCCCCGGGGGCGGCGCCGGGGGCGGAGGGAGCGGCGGCGGAAGGAGCCGAGGCGGCGGCCGAGGAGAUCAGGGAGAUCGUGCAGAGGUUGAAGGCCACCACGCCGGGCUGCGCCACGGUGGACAUGACGCUGCGGCGCAACGGGCUGGGCCAGCUGGGCUUCCACGUGCACCCCGACGGCAGCGUGGCCGAGGUGGAGGAGUACGGCUUCGCCUGGCAGGCGGGGCUGCGGCGCGGCAGCCGCCUGCUGGAGGUCUGCAAGGUGGCGGCCGUGGCGCUGAGCCACGAGCAGAUGAUCGACCUGCUGCGCACCUCGGUCACCGUCACCGUGGCCAUCGUGCCGCCGCACGAGGACGGCACGCCCCGCAGGGGUUGGUCGGAAAGCCUGGCCUCGGUUCCAGCGGAGUCGGAUCCGUUCCCGGCUCCGUUCCCGGCUCCGCUCCCGCUCCGGGCUCCGUUCCGCUCUGGGCCGGGCUGGCACCGCGCCGGUGCCAAGCGGCCCCCGGGCAUCGGCGGCACCGGCGGCACC